AGAGGUGGUGUGGGAUGCACAUGUAAGAAAUGCAUGCCUGUGGAAACCUAUCUUACUGGCCGUUUUCAUUGUAAACAUGCUUUCCAGAAAUCAUGCAAGCCAUUGUUUAAUCACUACAAUUCUGUCUGCAGUCGUGGAAUUGAAGCAUGAGUGUGUUUUAUAAUCUGAGGAUGGAUGAUGACUAUCAAAACUGGUCAGUUCGUGAGAAAUUACUGUGAUUGUGCUGGUGAAUAAAUCAUUCUCGAAUUAGUCAAUCAUUUUACGUCCCCAUCUCUUUUGGAAUAUCUUUCUGUCCAAUUCCUGAGUGUGUCAACCGAAGCAGACGUGCCUGAAGCUAUCGUAUGUGUACGAUUUGAUGGUUGUUAAACAUGCGCAUUUCCGCCCUUCAGAGGAUCGAUGGAAACAACUUUUCAGCACAACUUUUGAUGAAUAUCGAUAUUUGAACUGAUAUGAACUUUCGAUUGAAAGUACGAAUCGAUUCCUUAAUUUCUCAAUUACAAUUAGGCUGUUCAUUAACAAACUUUGCGACGUUUUAGAACUUUCGGCUCUGUAAAUAUUGGAAUAUUUUAGAAUGUAUGUUGGGAAUCAUUGAAAUAUAGUGAAAGAAUCUUUCUGUUGUUUAACGAUCAGGGAAUUUGUGUAUGUUUGCCAAUAGGUUUUGUGUAGUUGGUGCUGAUGUUCGGAAAUGAUGGUGGUCUGUCAGGUGUGCUAUACGAAGCGUAAUGAAUGUACUGCAGCAUGCUCCUAGCAACAGUUAACUAAGCCUCAGCAACUUAGAAUCGCUUCCACCACUUGUCAGUAACAAAUCAGAAAUAUGGCACGUGACUAUCUGUCAGCCAAUGAUAUUUUGUUUUAGCUGGUUACAGUCACAACCAUUUUAGGGUUACGGUGCGUCGUUCUGUGUAUAUGAUAUGGGUUUGUUGUCAACUGAUUUUUAAACAAGAGUAGAUGUUGACCACUCGUAUGAAAAUCUGAAAUUUUGUUCCGGAACCACUCAAAAUUUUUCGACUGUCAACUGUGUUUGAGUGUGCAGUUCGUUAUCAUUAUCGUUUCGGUGUGACUGAAUGAUUCGCAGUGAUUGUAAAUACAGGAAUCAUGGUUUCAAAAUAAUCGCAAUGUGUGCACUACAGUUAUUAUACCGGAAUUUUCCAGAAGAAGCAGUAUUAACGAGAAUGUGUAUCAAACAUGCUGUAGUAUGAUGCAUGAGGCUGCAGGGACUUGAAGAAGUCUUUGGGUUUGCCUCAGUACGACCAUGCAUCGGCGUGCAGAGGGGCGGGCCCAGAGACGUACUGAAAGGAACAUAAGGAAUGUGAGUGGAAGAAGGAAAUUUCACAAAGACAAAACACUAACCGAGGAUAUUGAUCAGUCAUCAUCAACACCUCUGAUCCCUGCAGCCCAGCAUCCAUUGCAAGAGUUAAAUAACAAGACUGUUAUUGAAGUUCAUCAAAGUAAUGGAAUAGGUUUUAGACCUGUGACCUCAUGCACGACAGAAGAAAAUAUUGUAAGUGGUAAUAUUUGUCUUACAUCAUCUUAUGGCUCAGCAGACUCUGGAAUGCAUGAGAAGUGUGAUAUGUCAGAACGAUCUUGCGUAUUAGAUGGUUAUGGAGGAGGAAGAGAAGAUGCUACAGUUGGACUUGAAACAGGAUCCUCAGGAAGACAAGUACACAGCAGUCUCACAAACAGCAAUAAUGACUACAAGCCUAAAACGAGUGUCACAAAGGAGAGCACAUCACAUUUCAGCGCAAGAAAACUUCCAAAAAAACGUAAAUUUGAUCCAUCGGAAUUGGAGGAACUAGAGAAGAAUUCUGUCGAAAAUCACACGAACAAUCCAAAUACUAGUGUCACAAUUAGUGACAGUUCUUCACCAAAUUCGUCUCAGAGUGUUGUCGUAAUGCCUCCACAAUCAACAGCUGUAGAUUACUCAAAGCAGUCCUGUGGACUUCAUGCUGUGCAACAGACCAAUCAUAUACAGAGACAUAUGCUUCCCGUUAACUCCAUGGUAGAUAUUGUAGUCGAGGACCGAAGUGUGGCUCAGCAGAAUGCAGAAACUAUAAGCCUUCAUCAUUCUGAUUCAGGAAAUGACACAUUAUCAGGGUUGCCGUUAGAUGGAACAUUGCUUCCAAUGUGUACCAGGAAACAUUCUCAAGUCCCUAAUAGUCGUCCUGAAAUUGAUCUAGGUGAGUGGAGAGAUCACAGGGUGUUAGCAAAACGAGACAAGGUGUACUUGCCGGGCGUUAUAAGGAAAGCUGUCGGAACAGGUGAAGUGUGGGUAGAAUUUGAUGGCUUUGAUGGUGAUACUGCAGUUUUUACUGAUGUGUUAGGAUCUGGAAAGUAUGACGUAAUAGGAGAUGCGAGCCCUUCCGUUGGCCAGGUGACUUUAGGGGCUAGAGUGUGUGUAAGGAUUGCAGCACCGACAGCAGACCACCAGACUCUUUCGCCAGUGUUUUCUGAAGGUGUUGUGUACAAAAUAUUAACAAAUCCAGUGCAGUUUGUUGUGAAACUCACAGGGACUGGAUCUCAGAAUGAAGAACAUUUGGUGAAGAGAGCUGAUCUCCGUCUUCUCUUGCCACCUUGGUGGGACGAACUGGAAAGCUUAGAAGAUUCACAUUCCACCUUGCCACUGAGUACUGGUAGCUGUCAUAGUUUUUCCAGUGCAAAUGGACAAUUGCAACAUUCAUCUGUAGUUCGAGCAGCACCUCCCCAACAGUUGCCUCUUCUUCAGCAUGUUGUCCCGCCAGGAGCAGAGAGUGGUGGAUAUUACAGAAGUGCUGCAACAUCUCCUUUACACAGUUUAACAACCCCUGUUAGUGUUAACUCGGCGAGCACUGCACUUUCCAAUGGCAGUACAGACGAUCUUCGUAGGCGGCAGCUAGAAGAUUUUGGUGAAAGUGAUGACGACUUAAGGAAAGAAGAUAUAAUGUUUCCAUCGGAUGCAGAUGGAGGUAAACUAUCGGGCAGCAGUAAAAGAAGUAGUAUGCAAAGCAGAGGUAGCACUUCGAGUUUAAUUGAACAACGAAGUAUUACUCCUCGUUCCCAACCAGCUACACCAAGAUCUCAAGCAGCAACUCCACAUAAGUAUAAGAAAGGAGAUGUAGUAUCGACCCCAAGUGGCAUAAGGAAGAAAUUUAAUGGUAAACAGUGGCGACGAUUAUGUUCGAAAGAUGGCUGUACUAAGGAAUCGCAACGGCGUGGUUAUUGCUCACGACAUCUGAGUCUGAAUGGUAGCAGCCUACGUGCUGGCCCAGCAAACUUUCCUAGGGGGAAGGGUGUUGGAAGAGAGAUUGAUGGUGAAGAAACUUCCCGUGAUUCUGAUACAUCUCCAAACUACACAGAAGGUCGAAUAACUGGCCGGUUUGAUCAAGAGGAAACAGAAGCUGCUAAUAUGCUUGUAUCUCUUGGGAGCUCACGCUCUGCAACUCCAGCAUUUUCCUCACCCACUGGACAAGCUUCAUCACCUUGCAUUAUGCAGUCUCCAAUCACUGUCGGCCCACGACAGAACGUCUUCGUGCCGAUUACAAAUCCUGCUUCACAAGGGCAGAAUAUGCAGUCUUCUGCCAGUUCUCACUCCGGAAGUUUAAUAUCGCCAUGUCAGAAAUGGAAACAGACGUCGCCAGUGCAACCACAUUUUAUGGUCACUCAAUAUCACCAGCAACAUGUUAUCAGGCCCGAAUUACUUCGUCCGAGUCAAGUUAAUGUUCAGCAUUCACCACCUCAUCCGUCACCGGGUAACAUGGGAUCUUCGCAGAAUCACACAUCUGGCAUGGCAACGAGUGUCAUUCGUAUGUCACCAAAUCCUGGGCGUGGACCACUAGCAUCUUCUGUGAUGAAUUCCCAUCAGCAGCACCAUUCGUGGCACAUUGACAGUCCAGUUUCUUGCUCCUAUAGUGAUGUUCCAUCGCAGCAGCAGUCGAAUGAUGGGUAUCCAAAUAGUGUAACAUCCACUCCACAGCAUCACCACCAGCAACAGCAGAACAUAAUCCUACAACAGGCUCUGACGAGUCCUCAGGAUCUGCAGACAACACCACAUGCACAUACUGACCCAGUUAGGUCGGAACGACAUCUAAAGCAGCCGACACAGCAUAGUAGUAUUCCGUUGUUACCAAUGGUGAAAAAUGAAGCAAUAGAUUGCUCUGCUUCGGUAAAUACUGUUGGCAGUGAUGAAAUUUACUGUGUAAUACAACAACAAGCACCACAGUCUGAAAAGAAAUACAUCACAGUGAAGAAUGACUCUGAGAAACUUCCAGCUCUCGUGACAAAUCACAUUCCCACUUCAAAUCAUCUCCAACAAUCAGUAGUUGUUGACAGUGCAUCAGUCUUGAAACAGGCCAGUAAAAUUGGCCUUCAUGUUUCUACAUCGCAGGCUGUAGAAACAGCAAAGACGCCAACAACCCGGGAACAGUCGCCACUGACUGUACCUCCGGUGAACAACCAACCUGUAAUUGUGCACCCUAUGCAUCUUUUGCCUGUACUGCCACCUGCUCAGAAAAGGGGAGAACCUCGGGAAAAAAACAACAUCAGUGCAAAUAAUUCUCAGUCCCUCUCCUUAUAUCCUUGGGAGUCUCUAGUACCUAUACUGUCAAACCCACAGAGCAACUCUUCCUCACCACCCCUCAAUCUAUCACCACCUCUAUCUGCUCCACCUGCAGCAUCAACUUCAUGUUUCUCGGAGUCCGUGAAGCACGAACGAGAAAGAGAAAUAAAAACGAGUGACGAUCUUGAUGGCUCGGGAGGAGAUGCCGACUGUGUUGACAUGCUCCCUCCAGGAGAAGAAGAAGAUGAUGUAUUUGAACCUGAGGGCACAUCUUCAGAUCAAACAGUUAUCGAUGCAGCUGCGGCAUGCAAACGCAGAACACAAUCCCUCAGUGCCCUACAGAAUACAAAGGAACCUCAAAGUCCACAAAAGGUGAAAGAGAGAGAUCGAAUACGUCGACCAAUGAAUGCAUUUAUGAUAUUUAGCAAAAGACAUCGAGCUUUAGUCCAUCAGCGCCACCCCAAUCAGGAUAAUCGAACUGUAUCAAAGAUUCUCGGGGAAUGGUGGUAUGCAUUGGGUCAAGAAGAAAAAAGGAAGUAUCAUGACCUAGCACUGGAGGUAAAGGAGGCACAUUUCAGAGCUCAUCCUGACUGGAAGUGGUGUAGUAAAGAUCGUAGGAAAUCUUCAACAAGCUCCUGUAAAGGUGAGCUUCGUGGGAAACUUGGAUCAGUAGAUGAAGGAAGUGAUACAGUCCAAAGCGGUCAACAAAGCCCAGGACCUGUUCAAAAUGUCACUCAUUCCCAGCCAACUGACAAUGGUGGAAUUCCAGCUGUUUCUGCAUUUCAAGGAGAUGAACUACAAAAUGUUGAGCACACUGAUUCAAAACCAAAUCACAAAGGGGAGGACGAAAAUGGCAGAAAUGAAAGACAUCCAGAAGAGGAUUUCUCUGAUGAUGACCAAAUGGUUAUAUGUGAAGAUAUACAGCCAGAAAUUGACCUAAAGUGCAAGGAGAAAGUUACUGACUCGGACUCUGAGUCUCAGAGUGACAUGGAACCACUGAUAGAAAAUAAAGCAUUUCCACAACAGAGGUUUAGUCCUGUCUCUGGGAUAAAAUCAAAUUCUGGUGAGGUGACCUGCAGGCCAAAACCAAUUAAAGCGAGAUUACCUUCAGGAAGUAUUGAAAGUGGAGGCAAAUUUCCCCACAAUGCUGGUGACAAACCUGGAGCAGUUGGAGUACUGUCGUAUCCAUAUCACUCGCCUGUGAAUCCUAUGGGUGUCUCUGGCUUCCAGCCUACUGGCGGAGCUUUCAAAACAAUGCCGGUUUCUCCGAAGGUUGUGAAAGGACCAAUCGAACAACCACACUUACAGCAGUUUAACAAAAAUGAGCAAGAACAUGUGAAUGUUUCGGCAUCAUGGAGUGGAAGUGUUGUAACUUCAGUGAAAUUACAAGAUAGUAAGAAUUCUGGUAGUGCUGUAACGAAUGGUGUUUCGACAUCAGUGCAACAAAUUCCUUAUUUAGAAAGUGGACGUCAUUGGUAUAAGUCAUCCUCAAAUUCUCUGCCACAAAGCCAAAGUAGUAGUGUAACCAAACCGACGAUGGUCACCAUAUUGCAACAUCCAUCAAAUAUGGCUGCACAACAUUACGACCAUCACACUCCGAACAGACAACAUCCACCUUCUUCACAAUCAUCUGCUCCUCAUCCUCAGACGCCCUCGUACCAGUCACAGCCGUUGACCCUAACGUUCUUGGACCCUUCAUCACAUACCACCUCGACCACGACAUUAAGUCUUACUGAAAGUGGACCAUUUGGGAAUUUUGUUUUAAAAACUGAAAAUUUUGAUGUGGACCAUAUGCCUGUAACUCGGCGAUCACCAGGAAGUGGAUCGUCUACUUCGGCAUCGGAAUCUGUACAGUAUGCUGUGCCUCCUGGUGCCCGUGUCCAGAAUAUUUACAUGCCACAAGGAAAUUAUCAAACUUCAGGAACAGAAACUAGCAAUAUGCCAUUGCAUCACAUGUCACAGACAAAGGCAAUGGAUCCUCCAACUGUAAUUGUUAGUAAACCACACAAUGUUUCCCAGCCAGUUAUGAGUCAAGGAGGCGGAUAUAAUCAGUCUUUGCACAGUAAUACUAGAACCAGUUUUUACAGUAGUGAUGAUAUCCUCAGUCAUUCAGCCCAGCACUCUGAUGGAAGUAUUUCUCAAAAGAAUUCAACUCUUGAAGAACAGCACAGACAGCAGCAAGUUCUGCCAACAAGCCAAAGCCUUCAAUAUUACUCAGAUAUUGGAAUGAACUGUAAACUAGACUCAUCACCUAGUAAUGGUGAAACACGAGAACUGAAUAAAAAUGAAAACAAGAAUGAUCCAGGGGAUAAUCUGCAUACCAGUAGUGAAAAGCACAAUAUCUGCACAUCUUCCCCAAGGGUAGCAAAUUUUCAUGAAAAGAAUAUUGAAAAUACUGGCACGUCAGCUCGGACAUCUUCUGCUGAUGCAUUUGGAAUGGUAGAGCCUCUGAUGAUAUCUGCAUCUGUAGGAGAACACAACAGUGAGGAGCGGUCAACUUUUAUUUUAGCGCCUACUCCUGCUCAGCUGGGCCGAGCACCUCUGCAGCGAAGGCAAUCAAUGGCUGUCUCUACAUGCAUCAUUAGCAAUGUAGCAGACAGUGUAGUUGUCAGCCAAGCAUCAGCCUCUGAAGAAGUCUCAUCUUCAGAAACCAUGCUGCCUCAACAGCAGACAACAAUCCCUUCAUCGCCAUCAACCAAAAAGAGCUUCUUCAAGAAAAAUGUUGAGGAUGGAAUGGAUAGGGUUCUGGAAACAGUGAACUUUCAGAAGAAAUUUUCAUCACUACCAGAGUUCAAUCCUCAAGAAUGUCAGUCACCGAGUGCAAUUUCAGUACCAUCAAGUCCCCGCACUUUUGUUCAAAGUUACCGGAAGAAGCAGCGUCAAUCAGCUGCGGAGGAUGAUGGUGACUCUGACAGUGUGAUCUCAGCAACUCCAAAAUCAGCAAAGCUAACAGGUGGCACAUUUUUUGGACCAGAUUUCAAUCCAGAUGCAUUCAGAGGCUCGGAAACCAGUGAUGCUGGAGAAGGCAGUUCACCACGUACACCAAAGACACCAGGAGGGAAGGAUAUGGAAAAAGGUCACCGUAGAAUGCUUGAACAGCGCAGGCAGUUGGUAAUGCAACUGUUCCAGGAACAAGGCUUCUUCCCAUCUACCCAGGCAACUACAGCUUUUCAGGCAUUACAUGCAGAUUUAUUCCCAAGUAAGUCAAGUUUGCAGUUGAAAAUCAGAGAAGUACGUCAGAAGAUGAUGGCUCAGAGCAGCCAAACUCCAGUGACCCCUGGUAGCAUGCCCAGUCCACUAGCAUCAAGUACUGAUUCGACUUCAACAACUCCAGGUUCAUCAAGUGUGCCACAUACAUCAAGUCUGGUGAGCAGUUCCAGCAGUUCAGUGCCUAUUACUGCCUCUUCUAGCAGCUAGCUGUAUAUAUCCUCUUCCGCUGCUGUGGCCAGAUUCAUUCCAUGUUCAUGUCGUAAAAACACCAUGUGAUCCAUCAAACUUGUAUGGCAUUUGCAGCAGGUACACGUUAUAGGUCACUGAAUUUGAUUGUAUAUUUUAAUUUUAGCAGAACAUGUUCGCAACAAAUUUUUUAAUUAGAAAAAUCUCAGAUAGUGCCUGAAAACCUAACAGACUUUUCUUCCACUGCUAAUUAGUUUACCUGAGGAAGCAUGUUGUAACAUUUUAGAACAUAGUGUUUGUAUUAUUAAUUGAUCAAACACUGAUGUAUUCUAUUUUUUUAAAUUCUGUGUAAGUAUUACGCAAAGGUUUUGAAUCAUGAUGUGUAAUGUGUGGAUUUUAUUUGUGUAUAUCAGGCACUUGGCUCAGCUUGAACUGGUAUUUUAUUUUAUCUUUUAUUUAUGACAAUGAAAAGCGUACUAUUUAGCAUACAUUGGCUGAAAAAGUGUGGUCUUUUGCACCAGUAAUAUAUUAUUGUACUACAUCACAUGACAUACAUGGAUACAUCUUCUCUACUUCUUGUGACCUUAAGAAAUAUUUUAACUAUGUAAUUCAGUUUAGAGUCUGUUUCAUAUAUCCUCAUCUGUUUAUUUGAGGCACAGUAGCUCUGGCGUAACAACAAAAUUUUGGACCUUAAUUCAGAUUAAUAGACUUUUUACUUUCCCAUAUGUAGGAAACCUGUAUUAUUUUUAUUAAAAUCUCAUGACUAACAUUAGUCAUAAAAAUAUUCCUAGAGUUUAAUAUUUUUGAAGGUGUGUAAGAAUAAAAUGUCAUACCUCUCUGCUUCUUCUUCUUCUUCUUUAUGCAUAAGAAACUUAACAUUCAUGACUGACUUGUGUACCUUAAUAUAACACACUAGAGGAUACAUUUCAUUGUAUGAAAUUAACUUAAACAUUAUCAGCCGGCUUCUGUACUUGCACCAGUCAAUUUAUGAGUAUUGAACCCCACUCCAGCGAAGUGACAGUAACAUGAUCAACACGUACUUUACUACAUCUACUUCUCCCAGCCUUUCACAUACGUACUUUGUUUGGACAGUAUUUUAGAGUUUUCAGAAGACUGUGUAGUUCUAGUUGUCAUAGUUCAGUAUUGCCACAUUUUCAGUAAGUAAAGUCAUCUAUGGACACAAAGAACUUGUGUUCUUGCGGUACCUUGCAGCUUCCGCUUUUCUUCUGACAUGAAUAUAGAAACAGUUAUCAAACAAUCCAUAUUGUCAAAAUGAAAUGUCACUGUGUGUGCUUUUAUUCAUUUUUAUUUUGACAGUACAGUACAGGUGUGGAUGAUGCUCAGAAUUCCAGAUUUUAGUUAUAGUAUUCUGCACAACAGAUUAAUACAUAAAGUCUAUAUAGUAGUGUGUAUAUAAAAUGUAUCCAUCUGUGUCUGUGAUGAUCAUUGUUUUAUAGGCUGCAGCUUAUACUGGAAUUUCAGAGAUACAUUUUUAAUGUAUUGUGCUUAAGAUUACAAAACAAAGAAUAUUAUUAUAAUUUUCACUGUGAGCAAUGCAUUUGUGAUAUAAUCAUCUUCAUUAAUAUAAGUUGUCAUUAUUUUAUCUCACAUUUAGAAAACAAAGUUAUAUUUUGUAGGUGAAUUUCUGAUGUUUUAUUUUUGUUAUCCACCAUUUUUCCAUCCAUCUCUUCUGGGCAUGUUCAGUCAAGAGCCUCAUUUAAAUUCUUAGUAUAUUUUAUUUUUAUGCUAAAUCUGUCAUUGUUAGCUAGUCUUCUGUGAUCACUGUCCUCAAUGUGUGAUAUUCGAAUAAAAAAAUAUAUGCAGGAGAUGCCUGUAGGUGGUGAUGGAAUUUAAGACAGCAAUUAAUUAAAAUGUAUUAUAAGUUCAAUGUGAUCUAUAGCUUCUUAUUAAUUGUAGUACUCCACACUUUAAUACACAGGUGAUAAUUGUGGAGAACUAUUUAUAAAGUGUGAAAAUGUGUUAUUAGUAAGUGACUGCUGUCGAGCGCUUUUACUGUGUGUCAUUGGCCUGCUGUAAGAGCUUAGCUUCUGGCACACAGAAGCCCUUUCUAAUUUAUUUUUUGUACUAGUAUUAUGAUGUCAUGUCUGGGCAAAUGUCACAUUAUAUUGCACAAUAUUAAUGUUAUGAUCUCAGUUACCUGUUAAUUUUUUUAAUCCCUUUUUUGUUGAUGUAUUAGUUAUGUAGAUUUGUUACUGUGUGACAUCAAUAAUGUGUUUCUGUUGGUAGUUUCAUGUACUUCAUCUGCAGCUGUAUUUAUUUAACAAUAUGUUGUUGGCAUAUACUGUCAGUAUCAAUGUAAAUUCUAUGAAACAACACUUUUUAUGGUGUUUAUUAAUCAUAAUUCAACAAAUUUUUGGCACCAGUAUGUCUUUUGUCUGCAGAUUUUAUCAGUUAUGGUAAAUGCAACAGAUACCAGUGUUUCCAUUGCUAAACUGAAAUAUUGCAGUGGUUUAUAUAUUUAAUUGUGUAAUACACAAUAUUACCCAAAGCAAUACCAGAAAGACUAGACACAAUGAUUAUAAAAUCAUGUCUGUGCUUCUCUACUGCCAAAAUAAUUUGUGAAUAAAUCUUAUGUGUUUUGUCCUUUCACAUGUGAUUAUUGUGGAUUUUGAAUAUACCAGUCUUAAUAUUGAAUGUUUUUAGAGUAAAUCUGUCAUAAUGUUAAUUGUCAUUUAUUCAUUUUAAUCUGGGUGUUGGGUGUAGCUAAAGUAAAAUUUUGUACAAAGAAAUUGUGAUUAUUAGUGCUAUCUCUAGAUGUUACCAAUUUCUCUUACCUUUUACUGGAGUGUUUUGUUCCCGUCCUCAGAAAUGAAGCGAGAUAUUAAAUUUUGAAAUUUGUCAUGCGAGGGCUAUCUAAACAUUUGUUUUGUAUUUUCACAGAAUGCUGUCAUGUUUUCUAUAUUGUUUUUAAAUGUACACCAAAACAGAGUAAAUUUUGGUGGAGUUAGAGCAACUUUGAAUUUCUGUAGGUGCUACUGUUACAUUGUAUUUUAUGGUAAUGAAUCAUUCUUACAGGCAACCACAUCCCUGUAAUAGAGUAGUGAAGGAACUUUUAUAUUCAAUAUAUUUACAUUGUUACAAAUACUUAUAUAAAUAUUAUAUAAAUAUAUAUAUAUACACACACACACGUGCAGUGAAAUGUCUAUAUCUAUAUAUAUUGUCAUAAACUUUAUUGUUUUUGAAAGUGAAUUGUUUGAGUGCAUAUUUGUUGUUGUAGGCUGCAUACAUGCAAAAGCUGUCUACAUUGUAUUAGUUGUAUUAAAAAUGUUAUAGCUCAGAAACAGUGUGUAUAAAAUUGAAAUAUUGUUAGAUGAUAGUCAUUUUUCUUGUUUUCUAAUAUAAUUUGCUGGGAAACAAGUAGGUUACUGUCAUGCAGUAAUAUAGUCAUCAGCAAUGAGAUUCUACCAUUUUGUAUUUUUAUUUGGUUGAUUUUACCUUAUACAGUGUAAUUAAAAUCCAAUUCUCUGUAUUUGGUGAUGGCCAACUUAAGGAUAGGCACUAUGUUCUCAUGUUUAUUUUUACACUUACAACCUAACGAUGGGCUAGAUAUUUGCAUUUGCACCGGAACAUACUUGCUUGAAUUCUGAAGACUGAUAAAAUACAAAAAAUAACAUUACCUUGAGAAAAUCAAUAAAUUAUUACUGUGAUACGUA